UCCUCCGCAGCAGAAGAUAGAUGGCUACGCGGUGCACAGUCGAUGGCAUGUCGAGGCGUCGGUUUAGAGUUGAUGCUGGCUCGGUACCUGAAUACUCUCCCUGGUCACAGAGCAGGCCAACGCGAUGCGAUGCUCCCAGGGGUUUUCUCCGCACUCCACUGCAUCGCCAUGGUCGGGACAUUACUUAAUCAUGUCCCAUGUCACGAUCGGCCAGGGCGCUGCCACCACCAGCGUGGACCGACGACGAAGAGCGACGACAUCCAUGGUUCACGUCUGGUAGCUGGCCACAUGACGGUGACGGCCAUGUUUCUGGCGCACUGCUGCAACGGCCUUCUGGAAGGCUGUCAGCCAAACCAUCCAUCUCCAGGCGCUGUCUGUUUGAACCCGGAGCCCUCGAGGCCACAUGCAGGGGCGUUCCACGCAUUUGCUUCCACGCAUCAACCGGCCAUCCCUCGAUCCAUCAGCCUGUCUGAAGGGAGGUCCGUCCAUGCACCUGUUUUGUCGCGGCGCGUGAAACGGCGCCGGACGCAUAACGCAAUCAAACUGAUUCUACAGCCAACCUGUGCCGGUGGAAACGCUCACUCGAGCGCACGGCGACCACAGCGCUCUGCUCGACCUCGGCGCAUGAGCAACAAGGAGAAAAAAAAAGCAAAGAAAAAAAGCCCAUCGACGCCGGGCCGAUGA